AUGAAUAUAAUAGACGAAUAUGACUUAGAUAUGUAUAAAAAUAUUGUUAUGUCGAAUAACUGCAAAGAUGAAGACUUGCUCUGCAUUUUUAAUACUUCUAGUUUUCUGAACACGUUAUGUUUCUUUAUUUUUUUUAUUAUGUUCUUAUGGGCCCUCGCAAUUAUAUCGAGAUAUUACACUUCCUACAGUAUUAUAAAGUAUUUAAAAAAUAGAAAGGCCAUAUACAUGAAAAACAUGUCGAGGCAUAUCAACGAAAUAAAGAUGUUAUGCAGAAGCCAUGUAAACGAUAUAAUAAGGAUUAAAAAAAAGAUAACACCGAAGAAUGUGAAAAAGAUAAAUUUGAAUAUAAGCAUAAAUAAUAACAUACAACUCUUUAAAAAUUAUCUUAGUUCGAGUUGUAAUGAUUUGAACAGUAUCUAUAAAUAUUCUAUUACAUUUACUUUUUCUUCCAAGAAUUCUUUGUAUAUAAGACUGUUUUGGGGCGUCUUAUUAAAUGAAGUAAAUGAAAUGAUACAGGAAAAAACUGAAUCGUAUAGAAAUUCGACAAAUGGUCAGAAUACUGUUAUAUGUAUAGACAAUUUUAGGAAUUUUUUUAAAGAGGGCUUUAGCAAAUCAAUACCAAGUAAAAGAACAUCAGAUGCAACUACAUUUUUAUUAGAUAAACAAAAAAGUGAUUACUACUCUAGUUCGGAGGAAGACUCUUUAAUCGAUUUUAGUUCUUGCUUUUAUAAAACCUCCAAUUCUUUUUAUACCAGUGGUAAUAACAUUACGUAUACUAUGCCCUAUGACGAAGGCUUUUGUGUAACAGAAAUUUUAAGUAGAAUUGAGCGUGAGAAGAGGAAUAAUAAUAAUAGUAGUGGAAGUGGUGCUGGCAACAAUUAUGGCAGUAGCUAUAGCAGUGGCUACAACUGUGGUUACUACAAUGAGUACAGAAAUAACUACAACAAUGAUAACAAUAGUAAUAGUAACAGCAAUGUGGCCGAAACGAACGAUAGGCAGAGGGUAAGCCAUGUUGAUUCGAUAGAAAGUAAAAUUAUGAACAGUAAUGCGAUAGAUGAACUUGUAAGGAUACCCUUAAUAAUAGUCCUGAAUGAUAUUUGUCCAAAUGAGGAAUAUUAUUUAAAUAAAUCAUCUUCAUCAUGUAGUAGUAGUAGUAGUAGUAGUAGGAAUAAUAGAAAUAUGAAAGGAAAGAACAACCAUUCUAAUGCACUAAUAGUUUUAGUAGACUUUAAAAAAAUGAAAGACAAGUAUAAACCUUAUAUAAUAAAAGAUAUCUGCAUAUUAAAUGAAAACAUAUCUUCAUCAUCUAUGCAAAAAAGUAAAAAAAAAAAAGAUUUAUAUCAAUUUGUGGAUAUAUUAGACAUAUAUGGACAUGAAGAACAUGAUAAGGAAUGUUUGAUAUGUAUGACUUCAUAUAAAGAUACCUUGUUGAUGCCAUGUAGGCAUUCUUCUUUCUGUUACGAUUGUAUGAAGUCUUUAAGGCAAGAAAAAUGUCCAAUAUGCAGAUGCCUCUUCACUUCCUUUAUUAAAUUUCCUUUAAAGAAUUUGGACAAGGGUGAUGUCAAUUAG